ACCGGACCACUUAAAAGGAGCAAGUUGACCUUGUCAUGCGACAACUGCCGUUGGGCCUCAGCGGGACAGCGGCCCCACCUUCCAGGCGAUGAAGAGCACAUCCGAGCUGAUCUUCAUGGAAGAAAGUCCCCCGAGCGCACACACAGACCAGAGCCCCCGCAAUUGAUUCCUGGGUAUUCGGAAGCUAUUGGUGGAAAGAACUAUUCUUGUGAAACCAAGGCAGAGACCAACAAGAGCAACAACGGUUCCCAGGUACGCUACCAAAAAAAGAUGAUUGAUUUUCGGGAGAUGCCCAUCCGCCAACUUCCAGUUUUGGCAAAUGGCGCCCUCAUUUUAUGCAAGCCAAGGCCCAAUUGA